AUGGAGAACAACGGCAAAGUCUGUGGGAUUUGUGAUAAGUGGUUCUCCAGUGGGAAAGCCAUUGGAGGCCACAUGAGAUCUCACUACGUCAAAUUGCCGAUUCCUCCAAAGCUUGAAACUAACAAUCAAGUACAAGACGAUUCAGCCAAUUCAACCCAGCAUCCCAUUCAAUCUGCUCCCUCGCUGAGUUGCUAUCCCAAAGAAAAACACACAGAGAAUUCCGGAUCUAUGAAACGCAACUUGUCUGCCAUCUCUGCAAGCUCAACCAGAGAAAACAAAUCUGAGUCCUACCCACAAACCCCAACCCACAAAAGAUCUAAAAGCCUCCAGGAACAAGAUGCGGCGGCCGAUACAAAAUCUCUGUCAGAACAAACAAGUCCAAUAAGUGAAACUAAAAUUCCUCGAGGUGCUUGGAUAGUGUGGGAUUUUUACGAAUUCGCGCAGCAAAAGGAAGAGGCCAAGGCACAAAAAAUAAAGGAAAUCAACGAAAUGAAGGCAGAAGACAGUGGAAGCAGGAGAGGUGAGUUGCUUGCUGAAGCUGACUCUCAAACCAGGUUCAAGUGUGAGAGGUGCGGAAAGGUGCUCCGAUCUUUUCAAGCUCUUGGUGGGCACAAAGCACACUGCAGAAAUGACAAAGAUGGUGACUUUAUUGAUCAGAAACCUUUUCAAUGCCCAUACUGCAACAGAUUUUUCAAGUCUGCUCAAGCACUCGGUGGACACAGGAGGGUACACUUUUCCGUUGCUAAUGAAUUUUGA